AACGAUUACUAGAGCAAAUAACAAACCUGAAGGAUGAAGUUGACAUAAAAAACGAAGAUAUAAAACAAUUAAAAUAUAAAUUAAUUACAGAGAUGGAAAUCAAUGAAUCACUGUCUGAAGAGAAUGAACAAUUAAAAAAAAAUGAAGAAAAAAAUAGAGGUGAAAAUACAUUAAAU